CAUGGCAGACAAGGUCACAGAAAUCCCCACCACGCCAUUUGACGGCCAGAAACCUGGCACAUCUGGACUUCGUAAGCGUGUCAAGGUUUUCCAACAGGAGCACUAUACCGAGAACUUUGUUCAGUCCAUUUUCGACUCGAUUGACGCGAAGGACUCUACCAUCGUCAUUGGUGGUGACGGACGCUUCUUCUCACCUGAAGCCGUCCAGAUCAUCCUCAAAAUAGGCUCUGCGAACGGUGUUGGGAAAUUCAUCAUUGGGAAGGAUGGGAUCUUGUCGACCCCUGCAGCGUCGAACGUGAUCAGGAAAUACAAGGCGACUGGCGGUAUCCUCUUGACCGCAAGCCACAACCCUGGCGGCCCCAACGCUGACUUCGGCAUCAAGUACAAUGUCUCCAACGGAGGCCCCGCGCCCGAAGGUGUCACCGACCAGAUCUAUGAGAAGACAAAGACCAUCAAGAGCUACAAGGUCAUCGACCUGCCCCCGAUCGAUCUCGGUAAGAUCGGCGACCUCACCUUCGGCCCCAGCAAAGUUUCGAUUAUCGACUCGGUCGCGGACUAUGUUACCCUGCUUGAGGGUAUUUUUGAUUUCGCACUCAUCAAGCAGUUCUUGCACGAGCAUGAGGCCGACUUCCGUGUUCUCUUCGAUGGUCUGCACGGUGUUACUGGACCUUACGCACGUGCGAUCUUGAUUGACAAGUUUGGCCUUCCCGAGUCGUCGAUCCAGAACUGCACACCGCUUCCUGACUUUGGUGGAGGACACCCCGAUCCUAACUUGACUUACGCACACACUCUCGUUGAAGUUGUUGAGAAAGAGAACAUUCAAUUUGGCGCGGCCAGCGAUGGAGAUGGGGACCGAAACAUGAUCUACGGAAAGGGUGCUUUCGUCACACCAUCUGAUUCCGUAGCUAUCAUCGCCCACUAUGCUGACGUGAUCCCUUACUUCAAGAAAGGGGGCGUUAAAGGAUUGGCCAGAAGUAUGCCAACCAGCAAGGCCAUCGACCUCGUCGCAAAGAAGAAAGGCCUCGAACACUUCGAAGUUCCAACAGGGUGGAAAUUCUUCGGAAAUCUCAUGGAUGCAGGUCGCUUGUCGAUCUGUGGUGAAGAAUCGUUUGGUACUGGUUCUGACCACAUUCGCGAGAAGGACGGUAUUUGGGCUGUCAUCGCUUGGUUGAACAUCCUCGCCGCUGCCAACAAAGCUUCGCCAAACAAGCUUAUUGGCAUCAACGACCUGCUCAACGAUUUCUACGCCAUCUAUGGCCGUUCCUUCUUCAGCCGAUACGACUACGAGGAAGUGCCAUCAGAAGGCGCCAACGCCCUUGUCGCCCACCUCAACGACGCGCUCAAGAGUGGAUCUCUGAACAACACCGUGCACAUCUCCGCUUCCUCCGCCACCAAGUUUACUGUCUCCGGCCUGUACAACUUUGAGUACAAAGACCCGAUCGACCACUCGGUCUCAAAGAACCAAGGGCAGGUAAUCACAUUCGAUGAUGGCUCACGCGUCGUUUUCCGUCUCUCGGGGACUGGAAGUCAUGGUGCUACCGUGCGCAUGUACGUUGAACGCUACGUUGGACCUAAGGGUGGUGUGGACGCGCUCAGCAAGCCUGCCGCUGAAGGCCUCCAAAGCCUCAUCGAGGUCGCGCUGGAGAUCAGCAAGCUGAAGGAGUUUUUGGGCGUGGAUAAGCCGACUGUCAUUACGUA